UGAGCUAGAGAGUGAAAGUGCCCAUACUUACCAAGAGGAAGACGCUUUAUCCUUGACUUCAAUCAGGAGUUUAGCGACAUAGAUGGCGAAUUCAAACAAGCAGUUGACGUCGUUUUUCAUAGAGGACAUUUUAUCCUUAAAAGAGGAUAAAAAAGAUGAAGACAGAACAGACACACGAACAGACUCCGCAGACAUCUCGGUAUGUCUGAACUCUGAGGAUAAAACAUCGUCUUCGUCAGAGAUGACGGCUGGCGUGAAGAAGAAACGCUCGCGGGCCGCGUUCACGCACCUGCAGGUGUUGGAGCUCGAGAAGAAGUUCAGUCGUCAGCGAUACCUGAGCGCGCCGGAGCGCGCACAACUCGCGAGCGCGCUGCACCUCACAGAGACCCAGGUGAAAAUCUGGUUCCAGAACAGGAGAUAUAAGACCAAACGGAGGCAGUUAACGACCGAGCACGACAAGGAAUACUUUCAGAAACCAGACGCGACCGCUAUGGCUGCUACUACAGAAGAGGACUUUUUCAGAGCGUCACUUUUAGCGACAGUCUAUAAUAAAUCCUUUCCGUACCGGCCGUACGUGUUUGACUUGCACGGACUGAGAGCAUGGAGACCAGCACUGUGAUGAUGACAGGGAUGUUAACCUGGACUUUGGGAAUGUUCUCAGAUUAUUGUUAAUAAUAUUCUUUAUUAUGGUGUUUUUUUAAAUAUUGUACAGCUUUGUAU